AAUCAUUAAAUUGACAUUGGUGUCCAUAAUCACUUUAAAAUUUCAAUCUAUACAAAAGUUGUCUAACCUUCAAAUUCAUUGUGAUCUCACCUUAUGCGGGAACUAAUAUUAUGGGACGUGUCAAUCCCAUACAAGUUUAAAUUUAUUUUCGAAAUGAAAUACUCAUAUAGUUACAGUGUCAUAACACGUGUCUAACAAUUUCUUCAACAGUUCAGUGUAUACAAUAAUUUCUUAGUCAGUUUCUGUUAUAAAAAUAACAAUGAAGCACCCAGACGCAAAUGCAAACACAUUGAAGUAUGUAAGCCUUGUAACACUUACUCUUCAAAAUGCAAUACUAGGACUUAGCAUGAGAUAUGCAAGGACCAGAGAAGGAGAUAUGUUUCUUUCAUCUACAGCUGUACUUAUGUCUGAAGUAGUGAAGCUAAUAACCUGCCUUGCUAUAGUCUAUGUAGAAGCAGGUGGAAUUGUAGGACUCUUGGAGACCAUAGAUAAACAAAUAUUGAAAAAUAAAAUGGACACUUUAAAGGUGUGCGUUCCUUCGUUCGUUUACGUCGUACAGAAUAAUUUGCUUUAUGUUUCUGCCUCACACUUAGACGCUGCAACCUACCAAGUAACAUAUCAGAUGAAAAUCCUGACAACAGCCAUGUUUGCCGUAUUUAUUCUUCGCAAGGAAUUAAUCAAAACGCAAUGGAUUUCCCUUGUAACGCUGAUAACUGGUAUUGUUCUUGUACAGCUCGCCGAUUCGAAAGAAGCGGUGUCAUCGCAUGACGGACCAGCCCAGAAUAAAGUUCUAGGUUUCCUCGCGGCAUUGUCAGCCUGCGUCUUAUCUGGUUUUGCGGGAAUUUACUUUGAGAAGAUUUUAAAAGGGAGCGACGUUUCUGUAUGGAUGAGAAAUGUACAGCUCAGUUUGUGUUCUAUACCGUUCGGCCUGUUAACCUGUUUCGUGUCCGACAGUUCGAUAAUUAACAGACAGGGAUUUUUCUUCGGAUACGACAAGUUUGUGUUCUAUCUAAUUUUGUUGCAAGCUGGGGGUGGGCUGAUUGUUGCUGUUGUCGUGAAGUAUGCUGAUAAUAUCUUAAAAGGAUUUGCUACUUCCUUGGCUAUAAUUAUUUCUUGUGUUGCUUCUAUUUACUUAUUCAAUUUUAAUUUGACGAUACAAUUCGUUUUAGGCGCAGGUUUUGUCAUAUUUUCUAUAUUUUUGUAUGGAUAUCAACCGCCUAAAAAAGAGCUGUUGAGUAAGGUUUCAAAUUUGUAAUCAUAUUAUAUUACAUUACAAAUAAGAAUCUGACUUUAAUUUAUAGGUGCAUUAGUUUAAGAACACUAUGAAAUGGUGAAAUGGCAUUGUACUUAUUAUUAUUGAUGUAUAUAUUUUAUUAAUAUUCUAAAUAUAUUUUUUAUAUUAA